AUGAGCGUUCCUUCCCACUUCGUUCAGUCAGCCUGUGAUUUCAACACGGAGCUCGUGAAAGCACGAUUGUCGAUGUUUGGCCAGGCUGAUGGACACUUACCGAAAGGAACGUUUGUGGUUUGCAAAGCAGACCUGUUUCGAGACGACUGUGCAUUGUGGCGGGUUGACAACCAAAAUAUGAUUCAAAAGUAUCCACCAAGAAUUGAUCCAGCGACUAGGGACAUAUCGUACAAGAACAGCAGCACAUAUUCUGGAUGGUGCGAUCAAGUGGCAUUUGGAUAUUAUCGCGUUGCAAUAAAACAUCUCAAACAAACUCGUUCCGAGGCUAUAAUUCAACCUGAGAUUCCCAUAUCUGAUCUCUUUCCUGCCAUGACAUCAGAGUAUAAUGAUGCUAAUAACUUCGUGGGAGUGGACGGUACGACGUUUUUUAAGAAUACUUCGCAGAUAUAG